AAAGCUACGAUGAAUCUGACCAAUAUAAAAAGCCUAGAGUUUAAUACCGAGGCAGACCAUGGAAAACUGCGCAGAAUUAGAGCUGAAGAUCUGGAGUGGUCUUUAGCUGUGGUGCCUUCACUGACACAGCUAAGUCUUGAACACAUCGUGCAAAAUUUUGAAGAAAAUCCCAUUGUUGAGGAACUCUCACCCAAACAUAAGGCUUCUGUCCUGGAUAAGCUUCCUCCGACUCUGCCUCUGACCAUAACAGCAAACCUGAUCAGCGACGAGGGCUUCUGGAAGCGAUGCUGUCAAAGCCGUUGGAGGGUGUGCGAUGCCUCUGAUUAUGGCAACAGCUGGAAGCGCAUGUUCUUUGAACGCCAUCUCGAGAACAUCAUUGAACAUUUUCUCCCAGACAUAACCGACAACCAGUCUGUGCUGGAGAUUGUGCCACUGUGCAGAAACUAUGUUAAGCGGCUGAGGAUCUCACAACUCCUGCCACCAGUUAAAGAGAAGCCAAUGUUUGAAGAUGGUGACAGCGCAGAUUCUGUCAGCGAUUUUUAUACCGAGGGGCCUUCAAUGGAUCACUUUGACUUCCGAAUUCUGCUGGACAAACUGAUCAACCUGGAAGAGCUGCAGUUGGUUUAUGGUGUAAAAAACUGUGGAAUGAACUUUGAGUGGCAUCUGUUUGAGUUUACACUCCGUGACUGUCAAUCAUUGGCUGAGGCUGUGAAAUCCUGCAAAUCCUUGAAGGUUCUCAGACUCCAUCGGAGCAACAUGGAUGAUGAGAGGUGUCGCAUACUGGUAAAACACCUGCUGGAUCACCCAUCCCUGCUGGAGCUCGACUUCUCACAUAAUGUUAUAGGGGAUAGAGGGGUGAGGGCCAUCAGCAAACUCCUCAACCACAGCUGUCUGGAGACACUGAACAUGUAUGAUAACUGGAUCAGUGGUAUAGGGGCCCAAGCCUUAGCCCAUUCCCUCUCCAAAAACAGCUCUUUAGUGUCACUUAACUUGAGACUGAAUCAGCUAGGGGAUGAAGGCGGCCAUGCUAUAGCCCAGGCCCUGCUAAAAAAUCAGACUCUGGUAAACCUUCAGUUAGGGGCCAAUGAGAUGACAGAGGCCACAGCCACAGCAUUCUCACAGGUCUUAGUACAGAACACUACACUGAGGAACCUCAACUUGUCCUGCAACAAACUUGGAAUGGAUGGAGGGAAGGUCCUGGAAGAAGGGAUGUUGCACAACAGCAGCUUGCUGGAGUGUGAUAUUCGCCUAACUGAAAUAAGCCUGGAGAGCGAUUACUGUAUCCGAGAGGUACUGUGCACCAAUCAGGACAAAGCCCGACGCAAAUGCUCACAGGACACAGUAAACGGCGUAUACAAACCGUAAACCGUUGUUUAAGAUGCAGCUUGUUUGUUAAAUAUCACACUGAGAAAAUUAUAAUUUUGAUGUGAUCUGCUGAAUAAUCCUGAAUAAUAAUACAUGACUAUUUUAAAUUCUAGCAUGCAGGUGCUUGUAAUGAUUAGCUCCCCCAUGAAAAGAUUGCAGUCAAAAACUAUGGUUACAUGGUGAAAAAGGAACAUUUAUCCCAAUGGAGUAAGGGGCUGAAACACAGAAUGGAGACAGAUGCUGUUAAUAUUUGCCUUUAAAACUGCAUGCCCAUAUGAGCCCAGGCAAUCUGUUUGCUUCAUUUGGAAACCAUCAUUUGUUGCCAUUAUUUAUUUUAGACACUG